UCCUAAAUUUGUUUCUUUGGUGUUUGUUUUGCAUCAUAUUCUCUAUUAAUUUUCAAUUCUUUAAGUUAUGAAGGUUAUUUUAUUUUUUCUAUAUGCUUCUCUUUACUUAAAUUGCAAAGAAGGAGCGGUAACUCUACCACAAAAUGUUUCUGUACAAGCAGUCAUAGCAUUUGGGGACUCAUUAAUGGAUCAAGGGAACAAUAACCAUAUCAAAACUAUUUUCAAGGCUAAUUUCCAUCCGUACGGAAUGGACUUCACCAACGGGAACCCAACUGGAAGGUUCUCCAAUGGGAAAACACUCGCUGACUUUUUUGCCAAGGGAUUUUGGAGUGAAGGAGUAUCUUCCAGCAUAUCUUAACCCUUUCAUAACAGAUAAAGAUCUUAUAACUGGUGUAAGUUUUGCUUCUGGUGGUGCUGGUUAUGAUCCCUUAACAUCCAAAUUAUCGAAUGUUAUGUCGCUAUCAUCUCAAUUGGAAAUGUUCAAACAAUAUAUUCAGAAGCUCAAGGGGAACAUUGGGCAAGAAGCUGCAAUGAAUACAAUUACCAAUAGUGUAUUCUUGGUUUCAGCAGGAACCAAUGAUUUUCUUCCAGCAAUUUUUUUACAGGAAAUACACAAAUUGGGAGCAAGAAGGAUAGUUGUCUUUAGCACAUCUGCAAUUGGUUGUAUACCAAUUGAAAGAACCCUAGCUGGGGGAGCACAAAGAAUAUGUGUGGAGAAGUACAACAAAGCUGCACAAGUUUUCAACAGCAUGCUAAAACUACAGCUCCAAGUUCUUGCAAGCACUCUUCCUCAAACCAGGAUUGCCUUCUCAGAUUUCUACAAACCUCUAAUGAACAUCAUAGAAAACCCUGAACAAUAUGGCUUGGAAGUUACAAAUAGAGGUUGUUGCGGAACAGGAGAGCUAGAGAUGAGUUACUUGUGCAACAAGCGCAUGACCCGAAUAUGCCACAACAACUCUAAUUUCUUCUUUUGGGAUAGCCUCCACCCAACUGAAAAAGGAAGCAACAUCUUUGUAAAUCUUGUUCUAUCUGAUAUGAUGAAAAAGUUGUUUUAAGAUAAUCUAAUUUGCGAUGAGGAUAUAAUUUUUUGUUGUGGAUAUAAUGGACCU